AUGCCAAACGAGGCGCGAACUCCGCUCGUCCAAGCGCGGGCCGAGCUGGGGAACAUGCCGCCGACGCAGCAGAACAUGGGCGCGGGCGCCACGGCUCCUUCAGCUCGCCAGGCCGUCAAUGACGACGCGCUUAUGUCCGCGCAAGAGCAGACUCCAGCCUAUCGCGCGCUCUAUGAGAACAACCUGAUCUGCAAUCAGUACCGCAUUCGCCGGGUCGAGGACCUCGAUGUCAUCAAGGGCAACUGGGACCUGAACCAGAGCCUCUUGGCCCAGUGCCUUACCUGCCAUGGCUGCUGCUGCCUUGUGAAGUUCUUCGUAGUCAACGCGGGCUGCAUCCGCAGGGGCCGACAUCAGAAUGGCCAGUACAUGUUCUUCGGCGAGGGCGUUCAUGUCUAUCCAUCUCCCUAUAUCACGGUCGACACCCGCGAUUCGCGCCUUACAGAGGGUGCCAUCCUGCAUGGCACCAAGGCCAUCGUGACCGUGACGCAGGGCUUCGUCGGGCUGGCCAUGGACAGAGGACAGCCAGUGCUGCUGCCGCCAGGCUUGCACCAGUGGAACUCGCCGACGAUGGAGUUUGAGCGCCUGAUUGAUCUUGCCUCGAGCGUCAUAUGCCUGGGGCCGUACACGCUGAUUACUGUGGACGAGGGCUACGCGGCCGUCACGCAAGAUAACGGAGAGCAGAAGAUCCUGGAAGGAGGUCGGGCGUACAUGCUGACCCACAGGAACUGGAAGUUCGAGAAGUUCAUGACCAAGAAGCUCCAGACCAACGAUGUGGGCCCGAUUCAGGUUACCACCGGGGACAACGUGCCUCUUGAGGCGACCGCCACGGUGAACUGGGUCAUCGAGGACGCUCGGCUUGCCGCGCGGAUGGCGGCGAACACCAUGGCGAGCUCUGACAGCAAGCGGCAAGGGGUGCAGAGUGGGGAGUUCGACAUCUCAAAGCUUCGGCAAGAUGUUCUGCGCCAGGUCACCGCCUCACUUGCGGCCUUCAUCGGCUCCGUGAGUUAUUCCGCGCACGGCCAUGAGGCCAUGGUGGCCCGCAGCGAGCAGGAGAAGAAGAGGGAGGCGGGAGUCGAGGUAGACAAGAAUGAGGGCAGAAGGGCCCUCUUCGAUCCUGAUCGUAUGGUGCAGUCUGCGGAUCACGCAAAUGCUAUCUGCGAGCGCUACGGCGUGAAGAUCCUGUCGAUCAACCUCAUCUCUGCCUCGCCGUCCGACAGGGGGCUGCUAGACGCCCUAAGCAAGGGUGCGGUCGCCACAGUGGCCGCAGAGCAGACGGAGACAGCUGCGCGAGGCGAGGCGCAAGCUUUGCUUUUGAAGGCCAAAGCGGAGGCCGAAGCAGCCAGGAUCCGAGCUGAGGGCGACGCCAAAGCCGAGGAGCUUCGCGCCGAAGGCUCCUUGAAGGCAGCCAAGAGGCUCGAAGACUCCGAGGUCGCCAUCGCGCUGGCGAAGAUAAAGACUGCCGGAAGCUGCCUCAAGGAGGGCAAGGCAAACUCCUUCUUUUUCGGCCUCAACGGCGCAGCCGACAUCCCCGGAGGCAUGUUGGGCACCGCCGCACUGGCAAAUGCCGCCACUGCGCAGAAGUGA